AUGAUCAACGCAGAAGUUGAAUUUGCAAACUCGCUUAUGCAAUAUGAGCACUAUGCCGAAUCUAGCUAUCGUGGUUCUGUCACAGGGCAUUCAUUUAUGCAACGUGAUAGAGAAGAGUGUCAUGACCGAAUGAUGAAAUAUUAUUUCAUCGAGCGUCCAAGAUUUCCUGCUUAUGAUUUUCAGAGGCGGUUUGGGAUGAGGAGAGAGCUUUUUGAAAGCAUGUUGAAUACUACUGCUAUUGAGAACCUGAAGUGCUUCUAUAAGGCAAUUGAAGCUAUAUAUGGGGCCCUUAACUCUGUAAAGCCAAAUUGUGAAGACUUGAAAAGGCUUCUACGCAAGGCAGACAACAAAGGCUUCCCUAUCAUGAUAAGAAGUCUCGAUUGUAUGCAUUGGGAGUGGAAGAAUUGUCCUACUACUUGGGCUGGCCAAUUCAAGGGCCGUCAUAACAAGCCAACCAUCGUGCUUGAGGUUGUGGCAUCUUACGACACAUGGAUUUGGCAUGCAUUCUUCGACACUCCUGGAACAAACAACGAUAUCAACGUUCUUUGGUCUUCUGCUCUGUUUUAUGUUGUCAAUGGAUGGGCACCAGAAUUUCGGUACAAGGUAAAUGGUAAUAGGUAUGAGCUAGGUUACUACAUAACUGAUGAUGAGUACAUCGAAAUUGAAGAACAUUCAAAUGAAGAUGUGGAUGAUGACCAACUAACACAUGCGAGAGCUAUGGCAAGAGAUGUUGAAUAUCUCGCUGCAACCACAUAUGAGACUUGA